UUUCGUUUAAGACCCAAUGACCGCUGCAGAAGUCAUAGAAAAGCUCAGUGAAGGGAGUGAAGCGAAAGCUGCUAAAAUCCCACCCGAGAAUAAAGAUGUUGAGGCUGAAGGUAGCGAUAGUGACGAUGAUGACGAAGAGAUGCCGGGACUUGAGGACUCUGCAAAUCCAGAUGGUGAUAAAAAAGAAGACGGUGACGAAGAUGACGGCGAUGAAAAAGGCUCAAAACAAUCGAGAAGUGAGAAGCGAGCCCGAAAAGCGCUCUCUAAAUUGGGCUUGAAACAAAUUCAUGGGAUCAACCGAGUCACUAUUCGAAAGAGCAGGACGAUUCUCUUUGUGAUAUCGAAACCCGACGUUUACCGAAGCCCGGCUGGCGAUACUUAUGUUGUUUUUGGGGAAGCAAAGGUCGAAGACUUGUCUCAAGCGCCUGUGAUCAAAUCCUUGAAUGAGAUCCAGCGGAUUAAGGAGGGGGCCAGCGCUCAGCCUACCACCAGUGCAGUCCAGGAGGAAGACGAGGACGAAGCUGAGGAGGAUGAGGCUACUCUGGACAUCACAGGAGUAGAGGAGAAAGACAUUGAGCUGGUGAUGCAGCAGGCCAAUGUGUCCAAGAGUAAGGCAGUGAAGGCACUCAAAAACAACGACAACGAUAUUGUCAAUGCCAUUAUGGAACUGACGACGUCAUAGAUUGAAGCCAAAACGACUCGAAGCUACUCAUUAUAAAGAAAACGAAAUAUCGUACUCAACUAGAAAUGGAUCUGCGGAACAGAAAGCUCGAACGAAACUCGAACAGCUGUAGUGAAAACUUCACAUUUAAUUUCAAAUAUAUGACUUGUUAUUUUUUCACUGUUGCUAUUUUGGUUUCAAUUCGAAUUUUAUAUCCACUGUUUCGCAUUUGUACAAUAAUGCUUCGUGCGCCUUAAAUGCCUCUUCUCGUCUGAAAAUCUCCUCAAUUGAGUUUUCGAAAUCUA